AUGGUCACUUGCGAGUUUCAUAGGAAGGUGAUCAAGUGGCUGAAGCGAUUGUACCGGCGUAAGUGGCUGAAGGAGACAACCGAGCAGAAGGCCAAGAUGGCCGCCUGGGAGAACGACUAUCAGCUAGAGGAACACUCCAGCCUCUACCAUGAGUACCUUGAAAUGGUGUUGCAGUAUGGUUUCCUCACCAUCUUUGUUGCUGCGUUCCCCCUUGGCCCACUUUGCUGCCUACUAAACAGUAUCAUUGAGAUUAGAACCGACGCUGUUAAAUUCUGCACUGACCUGCGACGACCUCUGGCUGAGAGGGCUGCUGAUAUAAGUAAGAAUAUCACCAACAGAGCGUUCAUUAUAGCCCUAACGUCAGACUUCAUCCCACGGCUGGUCUACGUCUACUACUACAGUAACAACCAAACACUGGUCGGCUACACACAGUGGGGGCUCCCCAAGUUCAACACGUCAGACUUUGAGCCGGACAAGAGAGUCCUUGGGUCCGAUAACCUGGUGGUGGUCACCACAAGCCUGGUGGCCUACCUGAUCCCAGACGUGCCGGCCAAGGUGAAGAAGGAGCUAAGGAGGGAGGCGUACAUCUCCAGUGAGAUCGUCAUACAGACUGAGCUUCAGAAGGCGAAGGAAAACACAGUAACGGACAUCCUGCUCGGUAAACUGCGGAAGGGAGGGGCAGAGGGUGAUAACGGGUCAAGCGCGCGGAAACGCAAUGGGAGGGGUGACAACAAUGAUGCGAUUGUGCGGGUUGAUGAAGUGUCAGUGUCCAACAUUUGA